AUGUCUAUGGAACAAAUUUUAGAGAAUAAAAACAAAGGUAAUGAAUUUUAUAAACAAAAACAGUACGAAGAAGCACGAGAUACAUACACCGAAGCAAUUGUUGAUGCUGAACAGGAGAAUUCUGGCUGCGAUAAUGUGACCAAAUCCAUUUUAUAUGGAAAUCGCGCUGCAUGCUUUGUAGCAUUAGAGUUACCCGAAUUGUGUAUUUCUGAUUGCAAUAAAUCGCUUGAAUACCAACCAAAUUAUACAAAAGUUAGACUGCGGAAGUUUUGGGCUUUAAGAAAGGUUCAAAAGUACAAUGAAGCCCUAGAAGAAAUCAAAAAGGCAAUUGAAGAAGAUCCAUCAGUCGAAACAACUCAUGCAAAAGAAUACGAAGAAUGCAAGAAAGAAGCCGCAGAAGAAACAGAAAAACUUAAAACCGAAGCUAUAGGUCAACUCAAGGAUCUCGGAAACAAGUUUUUAGGUUUGUUUGGUCUCAGCACUGAUAACUUCAAAUUACAGCAAAACGAGAAUGGAGGAUAUAAUGUCCAAUUCCAAAAGUAA